GCCGGAUCUGGAGAUUCCGGCGACAACGGCGGCGCUGUACGGACGGCGAUGCCUCUACAACCAUCCCGUCUGACAGACAGGUGAGCCCUGUCUGCUCUUCAUUCAGGUCUGUUGAAUGGAACAGGAUCAGCCGCAGUUGUAGUUUUGACUGCAACUUUUAACUUCAGCAGUCACCAUGAUCCAAUCAUUCAAUACUCAACCAAGAUCAAGAGGCUAUUUCUUUUUUCAUUCCUUUGAUUAGUUUGCAGGUUAAGUAGGCGAUAUGUAUGAAAACAUUUAUACAUGGGGUAAGGAUAAUUACUUAAUUACCUAGUUAUGCUCGUUUGUGUCAAAUUGGAUUUUAGAUUCUAGUUCAGAGAAAAACUAGCCUCUACUAAUUUCAUGCUGAAAGAGUGCCCUACUUAUAUCAAAUUAUAUUUAUAUGAGUGGGGGAGCCCCUCACCUCAUAGGCUAGUUUUUGGGGUGGAAAAGACCCUUUAUGAUCCUACAUUAAACAACAGUCAAAUAGUUUUUUUAUAUAGAGUCUUAUAUGAAUGAAUUUUCAAAAUUGUAAUUACUAAAUAAUUAACUUGGAAGUUCAGAAUGAAUUGAUUUAAGUGUGGUAAAUAACUAUAAUAAAUACUACUCCAGUAUUCAAGAAAGGCGAGAGGAGAGAUGGGCUGUUGAUCUAGAGCCAUUGGUUACAUGUUGGGUGGUUGGAUGUAGGGACUGCUAAAGUUGCAGUCACAACUGCAACUGCAGUCGAUCCUGGUGAACAGAUGCUCACUGCUCAUUUCCGAUGCACAUAAUCUCUCAUAUUUUUUGAGUGAACAAUCUCUCAUAUUCAACUCUUGAGAAAAAAAUAUCCACGAAUUGAGUUGUUACACAUUUUUAAGUCCAUACAUCUGUUUACAUAUGAAAUGUUUUUAUUUGUGCGAUUGACUACAUCAAAAGUCCAUUAUUCUUUUUCACACAUUGCAUCCCGAAAUUCAAAUAACUACAACUAGAUCAUAUAAAUUAAAACUAAUAAUCAUCCCAUGUAUUCUUUUCUCUUCUUAGCAUUCCUCUUAUUUCAUCUCCUAUAUCUUCUCACAUAAUUUCUCAACUUCUGUAACAAUAUGGGUCACACACCUUCUCUAUGAUAUGAUUUUGGCUCGGCAUCCAUCAAUAGUAUAUAUGGGGCUAAUUAUCAAAGGUAAAUGUUUCAGCGAUAAAUCAAACCAUAUCCUAACUACAGGCAAAUAAUUUUUUUUAUAUUUUCAGAUAAUGGGAUCUAUACUGUCCAUUAUCCAAAAAAAAUGUUAUUUUCUUUCUUUCCUUCAUUCUGAGUUUAUGACUAACUUACCAAAGGCUGCCGAAAUUAAAGCUUCAAUUUUGGAUGUACCUGUGGUGAUACUACUGUGCCUCCAAGCUCCCUGAUUUGGCAGUGAUCGACGUCGUCCGCCACGAAGGGAGAAGGAAGCGAGCAUCGCCGGUGGUGGUGCAGCAAAGGAAGUCGACAUUGAUACAGUGGUGGUGCCGGCCUGAUCUGGAGACAUCAGUGGCAACGGUGGCUCGGGUACUUCCGACAAUUGGCAGCAUGGAUGGUGAUGCCUCCUCUCCUCCCAUGUCUGCUCUUGAUCCAGGAAACGUAGCUAUUCAGCUGUUUAAGGAGAUAACAACCAUGACAGAGUCAGCCAUGGAGGAGAGACUACGGUGGCUGCUGCUCCGGGUUCGGAUCAUCGUGGAGGAGGCAGAUGAACGGAUCAUCACAAACCAAGUCAUGCUGCAACAACUGAACAUACUAAGGAAGGAGAUGUACAGAGGGUAUUUCACCCUCGACAUAUUCAGAUGCCAUGGAUACAAAGGUGACAAUACUAAAGAUCACCAGGUGAGUAACUCUUUCGCACUAUCCAAGUUCAAUCCUGCCAAGCGUGUUCGGCUGAGCAGGGUCAGUGGCCACAGUGUACAAAAGCAGUUGCAGCAAGUUCUUGGCAGCCUUGAAGUUGCCAUUGAAGAUACAAGUGAAUUUGUCAUGUUCUUGAACAAUUGUCCACGUCUAUGCCGCCAGCCAUAUAGCAUGCACUUGCUUUUAGACAAUUGCUUGUUCAGUCGCCAAUUGGAGAGGGAGCACAUCAUGAACUUCCUGCUCAAAGAGAAUACUCCCGGAGCUGAAAAUCUAGGCAUCCUGCCGAUCAUCGGUCCAGAGAACGUUGGGAAGAGCACCCUGAUUGAGCAUGCCUGUGAUGAUGAAAGGGUGCGUAACCACUUCUCUCAAAUUGUGUGUUUCAAUGACAAUGAUCUUGAAGAUGCAAACAUGGUGACUCUUAGAAAUCGUGGUGAAAUCAAGCAUCAAAACCAUGCCACUGAUGGAGAAAGGAUACUAAUAAUUAUUGAACUAAUCAGAGACAUCGAUGAGGGCGCGUGGAGAAGAUUGUACUCAGCUUACAAAAAUUGUGUUGCAAACGGCAGUAAAAUUAUAGUCGCGAGCCGAUCUGAUAAGAUAGCGAACUUUGGAACGACAAAGGCUCUUAGAGUGACCUUACUUACUCAAGAAGCUUAUUGGUACUUUUUCAAGUUGCGCACAUUUGGAAGCACAGAUGCAGCGGAGCACCCAAAGAUGGCAUCCAUAGCAAUGGAUAUAGCCAUUGAAUUGAAUGGGUGCUUCAUGGGUUCAAGUAUCUACACUCUACUUUUGAGAGCAAAUUUCAACGCUCAGUAUUGGAGCAUGGCUCUUGCAAUAAUCAGAAAAUUCAGAAAGCUGAAUCUCUUACUCUAUGGUGCAUGUUUUUUUGAUGGUCCUUGGCAGAGGGUUGAACCGGCAUAUGUUAGGAGGGUAAACAAAAUUUGUCCUGAGUAUCUUGUGCUUCUUGAUGACUAUAAAAUAUGUUCUGGUCAAAACAACAUAGUUCAUUGUCACACAAACUGUGCUGACAAUGAAGAUGAAGUUCCCAAUGGUUAGUUUGCACGAUUUUCUCUUCGGAAGGGUACCUCGAGGUAAAUUUAAGGUUCUAGCUUUUAGAUCCCACCUUCCACCUCACAACAACUAUAUGCUCCAUUGUAAGGUACAGAGGUCAUAUCAUAUGGUCACCAGAAACAAGAGAUCUAUGAAGU